GCCCAACUUGAAAGAGGGCUCCCUCUGAGCGACUCAAGUUGGAAACCAGCUUCAACAAAUAACUGUUCCAAAAUGGCAGGGCGCCCAAUUUCCAAACCAACCAAGCCCCCUCUCAGCUCCUGCCAUCUCUCUCGACUCGAACACAGCUGCGCCCCUCGUUUCGUUUUGCAUAUUGCGCCCCUCUUGUCACAUUUUGCCACAUGGCAAUUCUCAUUUCGCGCCCCUCUAGCUCCUACCGCACAGCCCAAUAAUGCUCUAUCCGUAGCUGACACAGCCAUAUCAGCAGCAACACGCAACCUUCAUCUGUCCUGACGGUAACUUGUCUUCCACGCAAAUUCCGAAAUCGCUCUUCUUUAAAAAGGCUCCCCCUCUACUAUUUUCGCCAUGGCUUCCACGCGCACGAUGACGGCGAGCGCCGCGACUUAUUCAAAGAGGCCUGCGGAUCAAACACCCGCUCGCGAAGCCCGCGAUGUCGAAGGCGGCGGCGGCGGCGGCGGCGGCGGCGACGGCGAGCGGAGCCUGACGUUGUACAAGCGGCAGAGGCUCGAAACGCGCGCCGGUUACCGCACUACCACAACCAAUACUACUGCUACAAACGCAACUAAUGCAAAUGUUACUACUCGUGGCGACGAACCAGCAACUUCGCGGCAAGAACGCCAGACCCAACAGAUGCAGCAGCUUCUCCGAGGCGUGCUCGCCGACGUGUCGUUCUCUCCGCACUUCACGCCAGCUGCACAGGCGCCGCCGUCAGCAGCAGCGGCAGCAGCAGCGGCAGCGCCCCAGAACGAGCGAGUCACACCGCACGAGUGGCAGCAGCUAGACCACGCGGCAGCGCCAGCGGCGGCAUUGGAGGCGGCGUCUUUUCAGAGUCUGCUCGUCGCGCGCCUUAAGCACCACUCGGGGGAGCUGCUCCGCAUGAACGGGAUUGCGCGGCAGCGGUUGCGCCAACUGGCAGAGAAAACACGGCGGCUGGACGAAGUCCGCCGGGACGUCGGCGCCGCCGUCGCUGCGCUCCGCCGCCGCGGGGCCGCCGCAGGCCUUGAUACCGCGCGCGUGGUGGAAGACUCGUAUAUGGAAGACGGAGGCGAUAAGAGCGGCGUGUUUGACGCCGCGAAUGGCGCAAAUGCCAGGCCACAGAGCCCACGACCGAACGCGCGAGAGGCUGGGGGUUGCGCCCAUCCCGACGAGGACGACGCGGACAGCACGGAACGGCGGCAGAGCGCUGGCCCCGCCGUUCCCGCCGGUUCCGCGGGUGCUCAGCAGGCAGGCGGAAUGACAAGGGCGCGGGCAGCACAGAACCAGGCGAAUACUCAUCUUCUCGGCGCUCGGUUGGCGGACGAAGAGGAGAAAUGGGCCGAAGAAGACUCCCAUGAUGACGACACGCGCAGCACUACUGGCGCGAGCAGCAGCAGCAGCGGCAGUGUGACGGGCCCUCGUCGCCGUGGCGCUAGCUGCGCCUCGGUCGCGCUGCUGCCGCUUAUGGGUGGGGGGGCUGCGUGCGACGGGGGGAGUCCAGGCGGGCGAUGCAGCUGCGACGCGCGCGACGACGGCGCUUGGAUUGGUGGACGACGGAGAAGCGUGGGUGACACGCGCGUUCGAGUUGCGGAGGGGGGCCGCGGCGCGAGGUGCUCUUGGCUGCAGUGCUGACGCUGGGUUGAGGCAGCCACCAGCUGGAGUGCAAGGCGGUGCUGAGUUGAAGCAGGUGCUGUUCUUCAGUGGCUGUUGUCAACGAGGUGUUACGCGGUGCUGUACAGUGCAGAAAGAUACGAAGAGCAAGGCAGAAGUACGAUAAUUGUACGUGUACCCAAGUUACGUGGGUUUUCCUUCGGCCCGGUUCAUAAUCAUGAGCUUGCCUAGGAGAUUAUUAUUGGGCUACUUCUUUCGCUGCUUUUAAAUUGUUCGAGGAUUCCAUCAACUUAUCCAUGCUUCUGCGUUUGCUGUUAACACU